AUGCGUUGCACGGAUGCUCUCUCACUUUCCUACCAUUUUUUCAUCACAUCUCAGGCUAGGCCUGGACAGCCAUGGUGUCAGAUUCCAGGCCAGAUCAAUGGCAAAACGUUUCUUUCCUAUGACUGUCAGACCAAGGAGUUCAAACCCAUUGGUCCUUGGGGGAUGAAGCUGAAGGACACAGCAUUUUGGCAGAAACAGGAGGAAACUGUGAAACUCCUGGUGGAAGAGCUCAGAAAGAAACUGCUGGACAUCAAAGCAGAGAAUUUCACUAAGAUCGGUUCUCUCACCAUGCAGGGCAGGCUCACGUGUGAGCGUGGGGCCGACGGACACACCAGAGAAUCCUGGCAGUUUUGCUUCAAUGAGCCGAUAACCUACCUCUUUGACCCGAAGAACAGAAAGUGGACAGUGGAUCAUUCUGGAGGCCAACAGGUUAAGGACAUGUUGGAUGGUGACAGAGAGCUGACCAGGCUGCUCGUGAGGACCUCAAGCGGAGACUGUCAGAGCUGGCUUCAGCAAGUGUGGGAGCGCUGGGAUGAAAUGCAGGAGACCACAGGAGCACCGGCCACAACCCUGCAUGUAGCUCUGGUCAAAGGCGCAGCCAUCAGGCUGAUCUCUUCUGUCUUCCUUGUGGUCCUCACGCACUCAAUCCUCCUUGUCGUUCAAGGCAUAGUCCUUUGAGUAACAGAGGCUGAAAUUGCUAAAACAAGGGCCUGAGGAUGUGCUCUCCUGCACCUGCUCUCCCUUCUGGUGAGUGACCUUCUACCUGCUGUCCAUGUCCACCAACGGGACUUUCGAUCCCUAUGGCGAAAGCAGAAUCCUCCAGUUCUCUGGGAGAUUGUGAUUAUGGUGGAGAUGUAGUAUUUCCCUGCCUUCAUUCUCCGUCAUGAUGAUCCACCUCUGCACUUUUUCUUAACACUGAUGUUCUGGUGCUAACUGUUGGGAUUCCUGAACUUGGCCUUCUAACUGCCUGAACAAGAAUUCUGAACAAAGAGAAUAUUUCCCAAGUUCUCCUUUGGUACUGGAAAUCAGACACUUGUCAAUAUCACAAGCUGCUCAUUGCUGAAAGAAUCCUGUGUGAAAGUGGAGAAUCUCAGGGCUUCUUUCUUUUGAGACUCAGAUCUUUUAAAUAGAACAAGAUUAUAUUUAUGAUAGUUUAUCCUUUAAACUUUAAUUUAUCCUUUAAAUAAGUAUUUAAAUAAAAUUUUAAAGGUUACAUUA